AUGCAUUCAGGUGUGUCAGUCUGCGUUGGAGUAUGGACUUUGGUUUCUAUAUCUCUGGAGCGAUACUUUGCCAUCUGCAGACCACUACAUUCUCGACAAUGGCAGACAAUAUCGCAUGCUUACAAAGUCAUACUUUUAGUCUGGAUAGGAUCACUUUCAACCAUGGUUCCUUCCGUGCUUCUCAGUCAGCUCAUUCCCACAAAAAGUCCAGGGAAAUACAAAUGUCGUGAAGAAUGGCCAGAUGCUCAAUCUGAAAGAAUUUUUAAUAUCUACUUAGAUGUUGUUCUGCUCGUCAUACCUCUACUGAUAAUGAUAAUUUUCUACUCCCUUAUUGCUCGGAAGCUUUGCAUUGGUUCGAAACUGAAUUUUAACAAGGGAAAAAGAACAGAUCAAAAUGGGUCCAGCAAUCCCGAAAGACAAUACUUGAACCCUUUAAGACCAUCCCCAAGCAAUGGUUUGAGCUUGCGGAAAGAGAUAGCUCUAAAAAUUGGUGGAAGAAAUAAGACAACUAAAGGCACGCCACUGCGGGGUAGCUACGAAAAAAACCAAGCUGCAAAAACAAGAGUUGUCCGUAUGCUGUUCGUCGUGGUUGUAGAAUUCUUCUUAUGUUGGACACCACUUUACGUGGUGAACACUUGGGCUCUUUUCGAUGCAAAAACAAUAUAUUCCUCUUUAGGAUACGUUGGCAUAUCAGUGAUACAUCUUCUGGCAUAUGUAUCUUCGUGUUGCAAUCCUCUGACGUAUUGUUUCAUGCACAAAAAGUACAGACAAGGAUUUUUAGCUGUGAUAGGCUGCAAGAAAAAUAAAAGAUGGCAUUUUGGAGGACAAAACAGUGAGCGAUCUGGUACAAUGGUAAGCGUAUUCAGCACACGUGCAGGAUCAGUGCGAUCUGUAUCUGUAGCAGAUUCAAUUGCAGUAAAAUUCAGAAAAAGUUAUGUCGCGGGAGUCGAUGCUGACAGAGAACUAUCAUAA